UCCUUAGUCCCCCCCUUGUUUCCCUUCCUUUCCAAACAUAGCAUAAGUUUGAAUUGGUACUAAGAAUAAGAUCCCAUAAAAAAUGUGUUUUGGAAAGGUUAAAUAAAAGUAUUUGCAAAUUGCUAUCAUUCGCUUUCAUUAACUUAUCCCUUGCUCAAUUAUCUCUACUUUUGUCACCUUCUCUCUCUAAAUCUCUCUCUCUAGAACUAUAUCUAUCUCCUUUUUGUCAUCCUUGAAUUGAUCACCAGAAAACCUAAUUCCCGUCCGAUCGACUAGUCUGCAUUCCGGCGAUCCUUUGCCGAUGGUCACCUUCUGAUGCGUCAACUGUCAGCUAUCUCCAACGACUCGUCAUUUUAAAUGACAAUCGGUAAAAUUUCUCUCCGAUUAGUGCAGUAGAUCCGUUGAUCAGUAAUCUGUAUUUACAGCCAUUUCUUCUGAAUAAUCGUCAAAAAUUGUUCAAAUUUAUGUUCUUUUAUUGUGAUUGAUCGGUAAGAAACUUGUAAUCACGGCUCAAUUUUAAUGAUUUGAUCGAUAUUUUGUUACAAGUAUAGGGUUAGGGUUUAUUAGAUAGGGAUGUUCAACAAAUUAAUGAAACGUGGACACCGUAAGGUGUCCAAAUCGGAGAGUAAUGAUUCCGGGGCAUAUGGGUAUGCUCCCUCACCGUUGAAUCGGAAUUCAGGGUCAGUUUCGACAUCGAAUGUUGUUGUAAGCCACGCCUCUCGGGGCGUCCCGGCAGCAGCUGCAGCCAAUUUGCUGCAACAGCAGCCUGGUGGAGCUGUGAUGACAGCUGUUCCGCCUCCAGGGACAAUUGAGACCCUCCCUUCCUUCAAGGACGUUCCGGUUUCCGAACGCCAAAACUUGUUUCUGCGUAAAUUGCAGAUUUGUUGCUUCCAAUUUGAUUUCACGGAUACAUUAAAAAUGGUUAGAGAGAAAGAGAUUAAGAGGAUGACCCUUGCGGAGCUUGUGGAUUUUGUACAAUCGGGUUCUGGGAAAAUUACAGAGAGCAAUCAAGAAGAAAUGAUUCGGAUGAUUUCAGUAAAUAUAUUCCGGUGUUUGCCACCAGCAUCCCAUGAAAAUACAGGUUCAGAGAACAUGGAGGCUGAUGAAGAGGAUCCCUAUUUAGAUCCUUCGUGGCCACAUUUACAACUUGUAUAUGAGCUGCUUAUGCGAUAUAUUGUCUCUUCUGACAUUGACACCAAGGUUGCCAAGCGGUACAUUGAUCAUUCCUUUGUAUUAAAUCUACUUGAUUUGUUUGAUUCCGAGGACCCCCGAGAGCGUGAAUAUCUGAAAACUAUCCUUCAUCGAAUAUAUGGGAAGUUUAUGGUGCACCGCCCAUAUAUCAGGAAAGCAAUAAAUAACAUAUUUUAUCGGUUCAUAUAUGAAACGGAGAGACAUAGUGGUAUUGGUGAGCUUUUGGAGAUUCUUGGCAGUAUAAUAAAUGGAUUCGCGCUGCCAAUGAAAGAAGAGCAUAAGUUGUUCCUUGUUAGGGCACUUAUACCACUCCACAAGCCUAAGUCACUUGCUUUGUAUCAUCAGCAGUUGUCGUAUUGCAUAACUCAGUUUGUUGAAAAAGAUUACAAGCUGGCCGAUACUGUUAUAAGGGGUUUAUUGAAAUACUGGCCAGUUACCAAUUGUCAGAAGGAGGUUCUCUUUAUUGGGGAGCUAGAAGAAGUGCUGGACAUAACACAAGCUGCAGAAUUUCAACGCUGCAUGGUUCCUCUUUUCAGACAGAUAGCCCGGUGCCUAAAUAGCCCUCAUUUUCAGGUUGCUGAACGAGCUUUGUUUUUGUGGAACAACGAGCACAUUGUUAGCUUGAUUGCGCAAAACCGGAGUGUCGUUUUUCCAAUUAUUUUCGAGGCAUUGGAGAAGAAUGUUAGGUCUCACUGGAAUCAGGCAGUCCAUGGCCUGACCGUAAAUGUUCGGAAAAUGUUCUUGGAAAUGGAUAUCGAGUUGUUUGAAGAGUGCGAGAAGCAGUAUGCAGAGAAAGAGUCCAUGGCCAGAGAGUUGGAAGAGCAGCGGGAAUUGACAUGGCAAAGAUUGGCUGCUGCAGCAGCACAAGGAGGGUGAAGGAUAUGAAACAACUUAAUGGAUUACUUGGGGUAGGGUUCAUCACAAUCCAAAAUGUUGGAUGGAUGGAUGGAUAAUCUCCAUCUUGCUUAUAUUCUUCUUUUCUUUUUUCCUUUUCAUUCAUAGAUCUCAAUCCAACCAUUGAAGAUGCCUGGAAAAGCAGCGUGCAAUGUAAUUUAAACGAAUCAAACUUCGCCGGUAUUAUGCUGCCAGAUUAAGAAUGGUUUGUGAAGUCUUGUAUUUUUUGCACACUAUGAAGAUAAGAACUAUUUUCUUGGUUCAUAACUGCACAAUAUGACUUGUAUUUCUGUAAAUGAAAUAGUGAAUUUAGAGGCUGGAUAUAUUUUCCC